AUGCAACACAAUUUGAUCUACGAUGUCGAGCCGUCGACAAGCAAUUCAAAGAUGCCUUCGCCUCAAAUGCGUCAGGUUCUCGCACAAGCGGUUAUCGAGAAGCUUCAGCAUUGGUGUAUGCAGCUCUUCUGGAUGACGAUCCUCUGCGUCAUCAACUGCUGCGGUGAUGAGAAGAAGAGCCCGCAGAAUCCGUCGAUCACACCGUCAUUGCCUGAAAAGAAGAAGAGACAAAGCCUAUCAGAUAUUGAGCAGAAAAUGCUCCGCCAUUUGACAUCGCCGUAUUUGGCAUCGCCACUUCGCCCGGUGAUUCGGCCGACCAAAAAGCGAAUUCUGUCAAGGCCGCCGAGCCCUCAACUCUUCGACAUCGCUGAAGAGGAAUAUUAG